AUGCGCUUUUCAGCAGCCGACAGUCGGCGCUAUCGUCAACUGAGCAAAGGACAGAAAAAUUCUUCGGAUUCUCGCCGACUUCUGUCCCAGAAGCCAGAAUACGUCGUCACGACGGCGCUUCGGCGUCCCGAUCAGCCUGAGAAGUCAGUCUGGCGGCUGCUGCUGCUGGUUUCUUCCGUCUUCGUCAUGCUCGAAGAUGACAUUGUGACGAGGCCGGAACAUCACCUCGAGUCGGAAGGCUUGAUUCAGGUCCGGUCGACAGGCUCGUCUGCCCACCACGAGGGAACCAGGACGGCAGGACGGCAGCUACGACCUGAACAAGAUCUUCUGCAGUUUCGGUUUACGGCUUCUUUCGCGAUCGCCUCUUCCGGCGUCUGCGAAGUUGCAAUGAGCUUAUAUGUGCCGUGUCAGACCUCCCAGAUCAUACCUUCUAUGCUUUACUUGUUUGUUCGUGUUGUCGCUGUGAGUCUUAUGUGUCGAAAUGAAGCAGCAAACAACGCGUGUCUACCGGAGGGUACCAGCAGAUGA